GAGACGCCGGAGGUGCGCAUCUGGGUCGCCAACACGGAUUGCGCCAAGAUCAUCGGCCGCAACGGAAGGCAGAUGCGGGACAUCGAGGCGAAGUCCAGGACUAAGCUGAAGGUGCAGCGCGAGGAUGAGAUGGAUUCGGACUCCAAGGAGCGGUACAUCGACAUCAUCGGCACCCGCGUGGAGCAGAAGAAGGCGCUCGAGGCGAUAGUGGAGCUGGCGAGCUUCGUGCGCGAGGACGAGGGGGAGGUGCUGAAGGACCAGCGCGCCGCCGACGAGGGCGACGGAAGGGGCGGCCCGCCGCGCAUCGUGGAGGUGCCGGUGGACGACGUCGGGAAGGUGCUGGGCCGAAAGGG